AUGGAAUCGACAUCGCCGUUCUAUUCAGUGGUCCCGGAGGUGAAGUAUUCCCCGCCAUGGCAUGACCUGAGCAUCAUUGGUAUUGCUGGGAGCUCUGGCUCCGGCAAGACCUCGGUGGCCAUGGAGAUUGUGAAAUCACUCAAUCUGCCAUGGGUCGUAAUUUUGGUUAUGGACUCGUUCUACAAGACUUUGACUCCUGAGGAGCAUGCCAAGGCCCAUGCCAAUAACUAUGACUUUGAUUGUCCUGACUCUAUUGAUUUUGACUUAUUGUUCAAUGUUUGCACUCGCGAAUACAACGAUUCUGAUGAGGAUGAUGACUCCAGCAAGAAGGCACAUAUUCCAGUCUAUUCGUUUGCCAAUCAUCAACGGCAAACUCAAACGACCACUCUUUAUUCGCCUCGUGUGCUUAUCUUGGAAGGGAUCUUGGCUCUUCAUGACCCAAGAAUCCUCAAGUUGCUCGAUGUUAAGAUUUUUGUUGAAGCUGAUAUGGAUGUUUGCUUGGGACGAAGAGUCCUCCGCGAUGUCCGCGAGCGCGGGCGAGACGUCGAGGGAAUCAUCAAGCAAUGGUUUACCUUCGUGAAACCAUCGUACACAAAGUUUGUCGAGCCCCAGCGACAUAUUUCGGAUAUCAUCAUUCCUCGUGGCAUUGAAAACAUCACUGCGAUUGACAUGGUCGUAAAGCACAUUCAGCGAAAGCUCCAGGAUAAGUCGGAGAGCCACACCGAGGCUCUUCGUAAGCUGGGCCUCCUGGCGGCUAAAGUUGAGUUGCCACAGAAUGUUCACGUCAUGCCAGCGACGCCGCAAUUCGUGGGAAUGAACACUGUCCUGCAAGACCCUGCUACUGAGCAUGUCGACUUUGUGUUUUACUUUGAUCGGCUUGCCUCCAUACUCAUCGAGAAGUCCGUCUUCAUAGCCCUGGACAUGACUCCAUACGUUCAGACUACGGUGGAGACACCGCAAGGCAACAAAUACCUCGGUCUACACCCCAAAGGCUCGGUAUCUGCAGUCGCCAUUCUACGGGGAGGUUCCUGUCUAGAAACCGCUCUGAAGCGGUCUAUUCCAGACUGCGUCACUGGGAGGGUCUUAAUCCAAACAGAUGCAAGCAGCUCCGAACCGGAGCUGCAUUACCUCAAGCUCCCUCCUCAGCUUGAAGAGCACUCCAUGGUCAUGCUGCUGGAUCCGCAGAUGGCAAGCGGAGGAGCUGCGUUGAUGGCCGUUCGUGUUCUCAUUGACCAUGGUGUCAGUGAGGAUAAAAUUGUUUUUGUCACAUGUGCUGCAGGUGAAACAGGAAUUAAGCGCCUGAUCGCUGUCUUUCCCAAGAUUAACAUCAUUGUCGGUCGCAUUGAGCCCGAUGGCGAGCCCCGCUGGAUGGAGAAACGAUACUUUGGUUGCUAG